AUGAAUCUCAAAAACCAUAGUGAUAGUGAUGAAGACUUUAAGAUGAACAAGAAGGGAGAAGAAGAAGAUAAAGAUAGUUUAGAUCCACUUAGAAAGUUAAAAAAAGAAAGAGAAUUAUUAAUUCAAUGGUCUAAAAAAUUAAAAAAUAAUAAUUCUUCUUUUUUAAAUAAUGAUAAAUUAGACAAUGAAGAAAAUAAUGAAAAGGCAUACUCAAGUGAUAGCUCAUUAGAUGAAAAAAAAAAAAAAAAAAAAAAUGAAAAAAAUUAUUACAUUACUGAAUCAGAUGAUGACAAACUAAGCAAUAGUUAUGAGAACAUCAACCAGGUUGAUAAUAUAAAUCAUCAAAAAUUAAAAGAAAAUUAUAAUAAUAAAAAAGACAUUCAAAUAUAUUUAAACGAUGAUCAUUUUGAUAAAACCUUGUCUAAAAAUCAUGUCAAUUCUAUCCAUAUUAACAAAAAGAAGCCCAUAAAAAUUGUAAGGAAAAAAAAUGAUACUACCAAUAGUGUUAAUAUAAAAAAUAGUUACUUACUUACUGAUUCAAGUAAUGAAAUGUCAGACAAUUUAAGUGAAAUAGUAGGCCAUACCAAUUUAUAUGACAAUAGAAAUGCAAAUAAAUAUAAAACUAUAGACACUGACGAUUCAAAUGAUAAUAUACAAGUAAAUUAUCAUGGCAAAAAAAAAAAUAAAGGAAAAAAUAUGAGUGUUGAGGAAAGUGAAGAUAAUAAUUCAAGAUGGAAGGAAAAGAACUACGGACAUAAUAUUGACAAUUAUAUUGGUGAUAAAAAAGAAAUAAAUAAAAAAAAAAUAAAAUUGACGAGAAAGUUUGAAAAUAAAGAAAAUAUCAAUGAAUUACGUACAUUAGAUAGAAAUGUGAAAAAUGUAAAAAAUACAGAACAUCAUAAAUUUCAACAUAAUGACAAUAUUAGCAAUAGUAGUAUAAGUGAUGAUGAAUAUCCUCAAAAUGAUAAUUAUAAUCAUUACAAAUCCACAAUUAAUAGUGCAAAUACAUAUGUGCCUAUCCCUUCAAUUGUUAAUUUGAAAGAUAAUGGAUCUAGUACAACUUUAUAUUCAAAUAAUGAUGGAAGUAUAGAGAAUUAUAAAAAUAAUAAUAAUGGGACAAUAUUAAAAAAUAAAGAAGGAACAAAAUUUGCUACAUUAUUAAAAGAAAAAGUCAAUAUAUUAGAAAAUAAAAAAGAAAUAUUGAAUGAUAGGAUCAAAGAUUUACAUGAUAAUACAUAUACCCUUAUGGAAGUAAAAGAAAAAGACAACUUAACUAUACAACAUUAUGAACUGUUAAUAAAAAAUUUAGAAGCCAAAUAUAAUAAACUGUUUAAUAUGUAUCAAGAAUUAGAUGAACAUAGAAUAUCAUAUGUUGAUGCUUAUAAAGAAAAACAAACAAAAAUCGAAAAUUUAUCUGCAAUUAUGCAAAUUAAAAGUGAAGAAAAUUUAAAACUAACUCAAGAAAUAAAUAUAUUAACUAAAAAAAAUGAAGAAAUGCAAGGCCAAAUUUAUGAAUAUAUAAAAGAUGCUGAAGAUAAAGAAAAAGCAUUUAAUGAAAAAAAAGAAGAAUAUUUUAAGCUAGUUAAUUUGUUUGAAAAAAAUAAAAAGGAAAAUGAACAAUUAAAAAAAGAAAUAAAUGAUAAAAACAAAGAAAUCAACGAAAUUAAAAACCAAAAUAAAAUUUUAACAGAAGAAAACGAAAACCUUAGAGGUAAACAAAAAGAUAUAACUCAAAAGAAUAUCAAAAAUAAUGAUGGUGGUGAAUUUUAUAUUCCCAAAAUUGACAACCUAUUAUGUAUUAUUAAUAAAAUGAUGCAAAUAUUUAAACUUAAUGAAGAAGAUAUAUUAAAAUAUUCUAGCUAUCUUAAAGAAAAUUCAAACAUAAUUAAACAAAAAUUACAAGAUAAUGAUAAUAUAUAUGAUGAUAUAAUUAAAAUAUUAGACACAAAUAUUUUAAAUCCAAUUGUUGAUAUUAUUAAAAAAAGAGAUGACGAAUAUAUUGAACAUAAUAAAAUAAUGCAAAAUAAAUUCGAUGAUGAAUUAUUAAAAAUGUAUGAAACUAAUAUUAAUAAUGUUGAACUAGCCAAUGAAUAUAUUGAACAAUUAAGAAAUAAAAUUACACACAUAUCUAUGCAAAAAGAUAAUAUUAAAAAAAGGACCAUAUUAUUAUCAAACGGCCAAGGUCGAUUAAAUGAUAAACCAAUUAUCAAACAAAUACAAAAAAUGGAUAAAGGAACAUUAAUAUAUAAAUGUAAAUUUCAUAGUUUCACUCAUAAGCCUGUACUAAUUUAUAUGAAAAUGAUAGACAAUCGUUUCAUAACUUGGUCUAAAAAUAUUAGUCAUAAAAAAUUCAAAAAAAAAAAAUUGAUAGACAUUCAGGAUAUCACGUCUAUAGAAUAUGGUUUAAAUAGUAGACCUGUAUAUUGGCUUAUUGAAAAAAAAAAUAAAGAAAAACUUAAACAACAAAAAAUUAAAUCAAACGAAUUUUAUAACAAUCCACACAAUAUCAAUCCAUAUAAAUCCUUCACAAUAUUUACAAAAACAAGAGCUUAUGAUUUUUUUUCAAAUGACGAUAAUAUAAUUGCAACAUGGGUAGUAGGUUUAGGGGCCCUAUCAUAUCAAUAUAAUAAAAGUUCAAAUAUUCAAUCAAUGUCUGAAUUUAUUAUUAAAAAAGUACAACUUAAAUUAAAAUUAUACUGUAUUAAAAAGAACAUAACUUAUACUACACUAUGGAAAGACGCCAUUAUAAAAACACAAAAAGAAUUAUUAUAA